AUGCCGCAAGUGGAGUUUGACAGUUUUUUGUCGGACGAAUCUAGUUUCUAUGGCGACGAAGAGGAAAUAGCGGACCUAGAGGACCGUGCUACGACGUUUGACCCUCUGCAUUACUGGCGAACCUUGCAUGCGACAUAUCCAGCUGUUGUUGCGGCCUCUCUACAGUUAGCUGAUGGAAAUGGGAAAGAUUCACACCUUACUCAUCGGCCCGAAAUUCUCGGAACUAAGUUGGAACUUAGGCAUGCUCACGAUGGCCGUGAAGAAUGUCGGCAGCCCACAGAAUCUGUUACGGCCUUCCUGCAGCGACUUCCACCAAGCACCGCUAAAAUAGGACCAUGGCUAUUUAUCGGGAACCGAGCAUUUCAUGCGCCUGUUCCACAGCGAAUACACGCUUUUCAAGAAAGAGGCCUGGAACUCCUAGGGGAAUUCGAAGAACAACUCCUUGAAAUCCAACCAAAAGACGCAAGCAAAUCGAGUGCCGGGAAAGCCGCUCUUACGAGGAAAAUCAACAUUAAACGGCGCAAAGUCGAAGACAGCAUAUUACAGGCAGCACGUGAUAACAAUAUCACCACAGGGAAAUGGAUGCUUUUCCGUUCCGUGGAUAAGGUUGAUGAUGCUUGGAAAGCUGUAGCCAGCGCUACAGCACAAGGACUACUAGGAAUUGAAGCCAAAGUAUCUACUGAUCCGGAAGGAUCUUCGCCUCAGUCGAGACUAAUAUGCAUUUACACGAAAGAUUUUCGUGAAAAGGAAGAUAUAAGGCGCGUUUUAUUAAAAUUAGUUGACCUGGGUUUGGUGAGUACAGGAAGAGGUCCUGCUACGAAACCAAUUUAUUAUAAAUGUGAUGCGUACACGCACCUGGAUAUCAUGGGUGGCAAUAAAUGGGGUAUAAAACCUGGCAUGUAUUCGAGCACGGAUGCUCUAGCGGAGAAAUGGUGA